UACUCCCUCUCUCUCGAUCCGGCUAUAAGACCUCCGGGAAAUGCCACAGCCUUGGUGGCAAAUGGCUCGUCAGGAAAUGUCUCUCGUAUCCUUCCUCCGCAGCAAUGGAAUCACUCACGUCCUCCGGAACGACGAAUCACAGGUGGAGACUAAGGUGCUCGAAGGAAAGAUCGUUGGCUUGCUCUUCUCGGUGGAAUCAAACAAGUCAUGCAGCAACUUCGUCAACAAGCUGCUGGGUAUCUACGAUGAAAUCCAAAAGAUUUCCACCGCUGGCGCUGGUGGUGUUGGAUUCGAAGUGGUGUUUGUUUCGGGUGACACGGAUGAGGCGAGCUUCAAGCAAUCCAUGAAGAAAAUGCCUUGGCUGGCACUACCGUUCGACGUCAAAGGAGCUACGACUGCGAAGCUAGCUCGACGUUUCAAAGUGGAAGUGAUGCCAAGCUUGGUCCUUGUUGGUUCCAAUGGAACAACAUUGCUAUCGAGGUAUGGUUACAGCUUGGUCACCAGGUUUGGGUCGAAGGCUUUUCCUUUCACGCAAGAACACAUCCGAGACCUGGAAAAAGUGGAGGAUCAAAACGCCAGCAAGCUUCCCGUGGAACUCAAAGAUGGAGCGCACGAGCAUGUCUUGCUGCUGGUGAAAGACCCCUAUGACAACGCAAUGUUUACUUGUGACAAAUGCCAGGAGGAUGGGUGUGGAUGGUGCUACCAUUGCAAGGAAUGCUCCUACGAUCUACACUUGGACUGCAUCAAACCAGUCCCCAAAACACCUGUGAAGGAGAUCAAGGAUGCGAAGGAUCAGAUCAAGGAUAAAAAGGAUCAGAUCAAGGAUGCAAUGGAUCAGAUCAAGGAUUCUCCAUCCACGCAAAUUGAAGGCAAAGCUGGUGCCAUGAUGGACACUUUCAAGCAAAGAAAAGGAUCUACGAGCGUUGCCCUCAUUAGUGUCGUUCUGAUUCUUCUCACAUUGUUAUGGGUUCUUGGUUUUCUUGGACGAAAGUUCUUCCUCGAGAAGAAGAAUGCUGCAUAAAAUUCACUAUAAAAUUCAUAACAGAUAAUUAAUUUUAGCACUUCCAAUUUCAGUU